UCAUGUCAAGUCAUGUCAAUUCAAAAGGCUCAAGUCCAAGUGAAGUCACAAGUCAUUGAUGUUAAAGUCUAAGUCGAGUUGCAAGUCUUUUUACAUUUUGUCAAGUCGAGUCUAAAGUCAUCAAAUUCAUGACUCGAGUCCAAGUCAUGUGACUCGAGUCCACACCUCUGCCAGUAGUGCUUGUUACUGUAUGACUGGCUAUUUUGCAAAGUGCGGGGGUGGAAGUUUUGGAAGCAAAAAAGAAAUGAAAGUGAAAGAAAUGCUAUUGAGACGUCGUGUGGAGGUUUAGUAAGAGUGCAGCACGUGAAUCUGCAGCUUUAAGUGACUUCUCUGGGAUGGGCUCCCUCCACGUCAUCCCUCUUCUCGCUUUUUUAUUUUUUUGAAAUUCCAACUCGCCUCUUUCCUGCGUGGACGUGACACGCUCCUCGGCGCCAUUAGCAACUUUUCCCUCUCCUCUUUUCCCGCCAUCCCGACCGUUCCCGCCGCGUCCCCUCUAAUAUGGCGCGGAGACGCGGAGUCAUCUGAGGACUCGGGGCGGAAGAGGGAGGCGAUGACGCGCUAAUACUGCUCCCGUCCAACAUGAUGUGGUCUCCUCUUGCUCUGUGUCAGGAUGAGUUCCAUCCGUUCAUCGAGGCUCUGCUGCCGCAAGUCCGCGCCUUCGCCUACACGUGGUUCAACCUGCAGGCCAGGAAGAGGAAGUACUUCAAGAAGCACGAGAAGAGGAUGACCAAAGAAGAAGAGAGAGCCGUCAAAGAAGAACUACUCGGGGAGAAGGCAGAGGUGAAACAAAAGUGGGCCAGUCGUCUCCUGGCCAAGCUGAGGAAGGACAUCAGACCUGAAUGCAGAGAAGACUUCGUCCUGUCCAUCACCGGCAAGAAAGCGGCGUGCUGCGUCCUGUCCAACCCGGACCAAAAAGGCAAAAUGAGACGCAUCGACUGCCUCCGGCAAGCGGACAAGGUGUGGAGGCUGGACUUGGUGAUGGUGAUCCUGUUUAAAGGGAUCCCUCUGGAAAGCACGGACGGAGAGCGUCUGGUGAAGGGCGGCCAUUGCUCCAACCCCAUCCUCUGCGUGCAGCCCAGACACAUCUCGGUCUCCGUCAAGGAGCUGGACCUCUACUUGGCCUACUACGUGCACGAGAGAGAGGCGGACCACAACAGCAGUCCUGGUCCUAGGGGCGUGUCUUCUGACCAGGAGGACAGUCGCACCGCCACCAUGGACGGUCCAGAGUUCCAGGACGCCUUCGUGACCUCGGGAGUGUUCAGCGUCACAGAGCUGGUGCAAGUGUCCAGAACUCCUGUGGUCUCCGGAGUGGGACCAAGUUUCUCCAUGGGGGAGCUGCAAGGCCACCUGGCCUACGACCUCAACCAGUCUGGCCCCCAACCCGUCAACGUGCGCCGCACUUUGGCCAGCACCUCGUCCAGCGGGAGUAAGCGCCAUAAGUCUGGCUCCAUGGAGGACGAGGUGGCCAGUCCAGGAGGUGAAUAUUACCACUCACCCUCGUCUCCUGCCAGCAGCUCCAGAAACUGGACAGACGACAUGGAAGGAGGUGUGUCUCCUCCGCUGAAGAAGGCCGAGCUGGACAGUCCUUCAGCCCAGGAGGAUUCUCCCAGACUGGGCUCCUUCACGCAGCACCAUCGGCCCGUCAUCGCCGUGCACAGUGGUCUGUCGCGUCCUCACCCCUCGCCGUCGCUCCAUUUCCCGUCCUCGUCCUACUUCCCCCACGGAGCCAUCAGGUACCCUCCUCACCUGGGCCAGGACCCUCUCAAGGACCUGGUGUCGCUGGCCUGCGACCCCGCCAAUCAAAGCUCCGCCUCGGUGAGUGCCGAGGUCCGCACUCGUUUCUUCCCAGGGAAACUCCCACAACUCUUCUUGGUGUGUGUCUUGGACCCCUUGCAGCUGAACGGCAGCAACCAGAUGAAAGUGUCCAGCCACUACAUCUCCUCCCACAUGUUGGCGCCCUCCUUGGGCCCGCCCCCUUCGCCCCUGCCCAGGACCACCAUGUGUGCAGACUCCAAGACCCCCAGCACCUCCUCCGAAGGCGGCCCAAACUCCCCCACGUCGCCCACGUACUCGGCCCCCGGCACGCCACCCUCCAGCCGUUCCUCCUUUGUCGGGGUCACGCCUCGAGACCCCAGUGGACUCUACCAAGCCCAGUCUUGGUAUCUGGGCAACUGACUUGUGCACAGUGACACACUACAUAAGACGCACCAGCAGCGAGCCACAUUGACUCUAAACGGCUCUCAACAUGGAUCCUGUGCUCGGUGGGCGUGAGAGGCGGAGCUUCCCCAGGAUGGACGUCAAGCCUUUAACCCCGCCCCCCCGCAGGUGCUGCUUAUUAUAUAUGCAAAUAAGCCUUGCUUCACCCUGUAAUGACUCCUAAUGAGGGAAGAGCUCUUCAUUAAAAGUUUCUUUGCACUUUUUUUUUUUUUUUUUUGGAAGAAAGCGAGGAGAGGAAAGUGUUAUGCUUCCUCCUGAGAGAGAGAGAGCGAGAGAGAGAGAGAGAGAGAGGGGAAGUUUUUGCUUUGGAAUGACAAUCAUCACCCGGCUGGAAGCCUCAAGUUGCUCUGGAAGACUUUUGUUUUGUAACGCAAAAGACACCGGGCCACGCCCACUUCUUCAACACAGCGCAUGAAGUGCAGGCCACGCCCACUUCUUCAACGCCAUGCAUGAAAGCAUUUAAAGCGUCUCUCAGGAGACGUGGAUGUUCCCUUUGUGACCCUCCCCGCCAAGUCUGACUUGGAAGGCGGAGCCACGAGAUGGAAAAAGGCGGAGCUAAGACUUUUUUUUUUUAAUUUUUUUCUAACUUCAGCAAGGACGGCUGUGUUGUUAAGACUUGUAUUUUGCACGAUAUGUCCUACGCCACAGUAUGUGCCUUGCCUUCAGCUCAACAAGAGGAGGAGUGCAUUGUGGGAACGUAAAGAAGCUUUUCAUGGUACCGCUUCUAGGGAAAAAAAAGAAAAAAAAAAAGCUGCAUGUGCGAUUGCUUGAUGCUAACUAGCCUAGCAGGUACUCACUUUAAGUUGGCAGCGUCUUACUAUUUUUUUUAAAAAGAUGCGUGCGUUUUUAAACAAUUGAAUCAUCGCCGACCCCCCCAAUCCAGAUUCAAUCCAAAUAUAAAGAGUACAAAAUCAGUCAGAAGUCCGUCCUGAACACUGCCCCCUGUGGUAUCCAGCGGUACUGCAAGGCUUGGCGCGAAGAUAAGUGAGCUGAAGUUAAAGCUGCAAUAACAUUUAUGCUGAUUGUCCUCUAGAGCACUGGUCCCCAACCACCGGUCCGCGGCCGCACAGAGACAUGAAAUCAAUUAUAAUCGCCCGCAUUUUCUCCUACUUAACAUUUGACACACCAAUAAGCUUGUUCAUAGAUGUACAGGUAAAAGCCAGUAAAUUAGAAU